AUGGUUUCCACUCACAACAGAGAUAAGCCUUGGGAUACUCCAGACAUAGAUAAAUGGAGCAUUGAAGAAUUUAAACCCGAAGACAAUGCCAGUGGGAUGUCAUUCACUGAGGAAUCAUCUUUCAUGACCUUAUUCCCCAAAUAUAGAGAACAAUAUUUGAGGUCGAUAUGGGCAGAUGUCACUCGAGCAUUAGACAAACAUCAUAUUGGAUGUCAAUUAGAUUUGGUGGAAGGGUCGAUGACUGUGAAGACUACGCUUAAGACAUAUGAUCCUGCAAUUAUCUUAAAGGCCAGAGAUUUGAUCAAAUUGCUUGCACGUUCUGUUCCCUUCCCUCAAGCCGUGAAGAUUCUUCAAGACGAUGUGGCCUGUGAAGUGAUUAAGAUUGGGAACACUGUUGCCAACAAGGAAAGGUUUGUUAAGCGUAGACAACGGUUGGUUGGGCCUAAUGGGAACACAUUAAAGGCCUUAGAAUUGUUGACCAAGUGUUAUAUAUUAGUUCAAGGUAACACUGUUAGUGCUAUGGGACCAUGGAAGGGAUUAAAGGAAGUUAGAAGAGUUGUUGAAGAUUGUAUGAAGAAUGUGCAUCCUAUUUAUUACAUCAAAGAGUUGAUGAUUAAACAAGAGUUGGCCAAAAAACCCGAAUUGGCUAAUGAAGAUUGGUCUAGAUUCCUUCCAAUGUUCAAAAAGAGAAACGUUGCCAGAAAGAAGGUUGACCCUACCAAGAUCCAAAAGAAGGUAUACACACCUUUCCCACCAGCACAACAACCCAGAAAGAUUGAUUUACAGAUUGAAAGUGGUGAAUACUUUUUGGGAAAGAGAGAUAAGGAGAAGAAGCAGCUUCAAGAGAAGAGAGAGAAACAAGAACAAGUUAGUGAAGAACGCAAGAGAGAACGUGAAAAGGAUUUCGAGGCUCCUGAGGAAGAAGUGUAUGAGAAUAAGUUGCUCAAGAAGGAAAAGAAGCAUAAGAAGCAUAAGAAGGAGUAA